AUGUCAAUAAGACAAACCUCAACAGGAGGCAUUUUAGUUUUCCGAGGAUGCACGAUACUUGCUAAUGUGGCCGGUGCUGCCCUUUCCAUCGCCAUACUGGGCACAAGUUCUGAUCAAAGUUGUUUCAGCAGACCUGCGCUAAUCGUCUUGACCAGUGGACUGUCUUGUUUAACAGGAGCACAACUAAUUCACAGCUUGAAGAGGUUGACAGCUUUGGCAUGGUCUGUGUUGCUACUUCAACUUUUGAGCUUGGGCUCGGCUAUCUCCUACGUGAAUAUUUUGCUCCAGAGAUUGCCCACAGCGUCCUUGUCAUCUCUAGAAAUGCGCCUGACAAUUGCACACAUUAGUGUGCUUCUGGCUGCAAUGUUGACAAAUAGUCUAGUGGCAGAUCUCGAUCUAGGGUCAGUUGCCGCCAAAAUAACGACAAGUGACUUGGAAAGCGGCUCUGAGGAGCUUCGAAAUGCGGAGUUAGACUCAACUAUGACAGGCAUACUCGAGCAAAGCCAAGAAAAACAGAAAACGGUGACAAUGAAAAAUUCAGCUCAAACUUUAACCCCAGACCUCGAUUAUGCUACAGCCAUGAAUAUUCAGCAGAACUGGAUGAAUAACUACCCAUCAACGUAUACGAGCUCAGAGGACAACUCGACUCAUUCAGUUCUUAAGCAUAGUGUGGAGGUACAGGCUCCACAGUCCCAAGAUUCUGUAAUCACCACUGUUCCCAUACCCGCCAAUGGACUUAUCAAGACGCCCAAAAAAUCCAAAUUGGAUGUGUUCUCGUUGAUGAGGUCGGGAAGCAAAAUAUUCAAAAGUCCUUCAGUGCCGGCACCGACUGAAGAAAACAGGUCUCGUUACGUAACCAGGCUUUCCACAAUACAUGAUAGUUCAAAGAGCUUGAUAAAUGUGGCAUUAAAUUCUCAAAAUUUAGAAGCGAGCUCCAAGAGCAUUCAUUCUAGUUUGCUUUUUAGCGACACACAAAAGCCGGCCCAGCCGGACGAAACCGCUCUUUCUAUGGAAAAGCUUGCGAUUCACAGGAUCAAUAAUGCACUUUUACCGCCCUCCUUGCAGUGUCACGAAGACAAUCGGACGACCGCAAUAGAAUUAAACUACGAGAAAAGGCCAGUGACACCGAUUGGCUCAAACCCAUACGAAUUUACACCAUCCUCGAGCUCGACUGAAGAUGAGAUUAUUGACGUCUUAAGAGAAAACGAUUUAGAAGACAUUCCAAAAAUCUCCAAUCACUACCUUCAUACAGAUGAUGCUCAGGUAAAUUGUCAAUCUGGGACUCUGCUUCACAGUGUGAGCUUACCAGACUGGCAAUUAAAUCGAUCUAAGCUAUUGCAUAACGAGAGACUUAUUUCCCAAGAUAAUCCCGAACUUCCUGCUGGCCUUGAACUAGAAGCUUCGGAUAAGCUACUUCCACGUCAAGCGUUCAGCUUCCCUCAGGUGAAGCCUAAGCUCAGUUUUGAGGAUUUUUAUGUGCGAGAUAAUGGUGAUGCGGUAAGUGAACUUGAUGUUUUCUUGCAGCAUGAAGGUUUCGAAGGAGACAAAAAGGAAACCAAAGUACAAAUGAUGAAUGACGUCUUAAGACAGGAGGAUUCCAUGAUCAGUCAACAGAGACUUUCUAGAGAUACGAAUAUCAUUACAGGACCACACUCUCCUACUAAAUCAGUGACUUCGAUUUUCUCCACCUCAGCCUCGGGUAGUAUGAGGAAUCCGCUGAAAUUUGGUUCUGUGGUUACGAAUGCUGGUAAUUCAAAUAUACCACAACAAUCAUACCAUUCACGGUCUAGCUCCCAGCUAACAUCAUUUUUCAAUUCUGCGGCGAAUCCAAAUAAUAUCAAUUACUCUACACAGUCGUCUCCAACCAAAAGCGGUAGGCUGCGACGCAUGAGCAAAAAAUUGUCUUUAUCGAACAUAUCCUUUCGACACGAAAACGAAGACAGCUUAUAUGGCCAUGAAACAAACAACAGCGUCGACUUCAGCUACUUGUACACUUUGCAGAACAAGCAUUCUCCGUCAAAAUCUUUAUCGUCGAUAUCGAGGCGCAACAGUGCCAUUCUACAAGGAGAUCGUACGCUUCGGACCGUCAGCGCACUAUUUGAAAGUAGAGUUGAGCACGAUAACGAGGGCGCUGACAUUUCUUUGAAUCAAACCCUCGAAGCAGAUGAUACCCGCAAGAAGAAAACAGACGACCAAGAGAGCGCUAUAAGCGCUACCUCGAAAAUAAGUGAUACCCCUUAUCCGCAAGCAGUGAUCGGUGAAUAUGACCGUGAAAAAUGGACCACCCUUUUAAACUUGUCGUUGAUCGACGAGCCUUAA